AUGACACAAACUUCAGGGUUAGGAGAAAUCAAUCUUAAAGAAGUAAAUUCCAUAACCACUCGGUCUGGUAAGGUUAUUGAACUAACCCCCAAACCUAGGAAAGAUGAAAAGGACCCUAGCAAUUCAGAAGAGAGUAACCCUAGUGAGGAGGUAGUGAAAAAUCCAUCUAGAGUGCCUUUCCUUCAAGCUCUCAAGUCUACCUCAAAAUCUAUCGGCCAACAUAGUGAAAUCCUAGAGUAUCUAAAACAAGUAAAAAUCAAUCUACCUCUCCUAUAUGUCAUCUCUCAGAUUCUCACAUAUGCUAAAAUCCUAAAAGACUUGUGCACUGUGAAGAGGAAACACCAUGUUAAGAAAAUUACUUUCUUGACUGAAUAUGUGAGUGCUAUGAUUGAGCAAAAGAUCCCACCAAAGUAUAAGGACCCUGGUUGUCCUACCGUCUCUUGCAUCAUCGGAAACCAUGUGAUUUCACAAGCCCUUCUUGAUCUAGGGGCUAAUGUCAACAUCAUGCCGUAUGAUAUUUACUUGUCGUUAGGGCUAGGAAAAAUGAAACCCACAUCAGUAAGUUUACAAUUAGCUGAUCGGUCUACUAUUAGGCCUAGGGAAAUAGUUGGGGAUGUGUUGGUACAAGUUGAUAAAUUUUACUACCUUGUUGACUUCUUGAUUUUGGACCUAAAAGUUGAUGUGAAUGUUAACUCCAAAAUUCCUAUAAUUCUUGGCAGACCAUUUCUUGCCACAGCUAAUGCUCUUAUCAAUUGCAGGAACGGUCAAAUGAAACUAUCAUUUGGGAACACGACCUUGGACGAGGAAGCACCUACGAUUAUUGACCCUAACCCUUUAAACUCUCUCAUUUCGAAUUAUGAAAUUCCGAUAGGAUAUGAUGACGGUGAAUAUACUAAUAUUUGUGUUGCUUUUGAUGAUUUGCAGGAUUAUGGAGCAUCACUGACUCCUUAUACUUCAACUCAUGCGAUUUACUUCGGCACUCAG